CCAUUUAGGUUAUGUGUUACAAUUGUGUCAUGUUUUGUUUUGUUGACAUACAUUUAAACUAAAUCUAAAUCUUUACGUAUUACGUAUUUCUUUAUUGCACAUGCAAGACAAUGAACAAUACAAAAAAGUGCAUUGGAAAAGAUAGCUUUCAACGAAUGAAUUAUCUGUACCAGUUAUCCAACCAACUAGCGACAGAAAAUCAGUCAGCUCAUAUAGCAUCCGUACAGUAUGCAAAUUUAGCUGUGAACAUAUCAAAAAAAGCUGUACUAAGAUUGGACGCUGAUUUGAAGAACACGAUAUGCAAGAGUUGCCGCUCGCUUCUGUUACCUGGAAUAACAUGCAAAGUCCGAAUAAAGAAGAAGAGAAUCAUUAAACAUUGUUUAAAAUGCAAUCACAUGAAAAUUUUUGAUACGCGAAACCAAGAUUAUGUCACCUGGAAUCAAAGAAGUGAAAGUCUAGUGGAAUUACUAGAUUAUUCUGCAACACAAUCUGAGAAUGAAGAAAGUAAAAAAGUCAAACUAGAAGAAAUGGAUAUAUCUAGGAACAAAAUGUGAAAUAAAUCAUGGAAAAACAUA